AUGGCCAAUGCAAAUGUCGAAGAUAUUUGGAAACCAGUGAGGGUCAAAGAAAUAGCCAGAUAUUUGGGACUGUGUAUAUUGAUGGGAAUAAACAGGCUCCCAACUAUGAGGAUGUACUGGCAAACAAGUAAACCAUGGCAUGCUCGGUUCUUCAACAUGUUUAUGACGACGAAACGCUUUCAGCGUAUAGCCCAGUUUUUCCAUACGUUCAAUAACAAUGCGGUUCCCUUGAACAAUACUGACAAGUUGAUAAAAAUGAGACCAGUGAUGGAUUACUUGAAACAAAGGUUUGCAGAAGUUUACUGGCCAAUGAAAGAGUUGUGUUUAGAUAAAGGAACAAUGGCAUGGCGUGGCCGACUCUCGUUCAAGGUGUACAAUCCAAACAAACCAGACAAAUAUGGCGUGAAAUUAUAA